GCCUCCUAAUAUCGAAGAACGAUAAGGCCCGAUAGGUUCCGAAGAUUUUUCCUUGUUUUUCCCAACAUUAUUAACAACAAAAUAAUAGCGGGCCGAAUUGCGCAUAAUACAAUUGCAGUCGCCCGCAGUUGCCAGCAUUGCAAACACAGCCGGAAAAUCAAGGAAGCGCAAAAUUUAGGCCAAACCAAAUUCGCAGUGACCGUUGAAAAUCAAAACAAGUGAAAAGCCACACAAAAAAGAAGGAGAAAAACGUUAACUAUGUCUGACAACAACAGCGGAUCCGGCGGCGGAGGAGGCGGUGGCUCCGGGAACAACAAUAGUGCUAAUAGCGGGAAGAACUCGACUCACAGGAUCGAUGAGUCGUCGCCCAGUGCCAUUACCAAUCGAUUGCUGGGCCAAUGGCGCAAGAAUUUCUACAGCGAACCGAAGAAUCUGCUGGCGCAGAACGUCUGCUCCCGGGUCGAUCCCUUCGAUGUGUGCCUUUCGAGGAAGGCACUGGAGACCACCAACCAUGUGUUCAACUACAAGGUGGAGACCGAGGGCAAGCCGGUGACCAACCAAAGGAGUUCCGGCCGCUGCUGGCUGUUUGCGGCCCUCAAUUGCAUCCGCCUGCCAUUCAUGAAGAACUACAAUCUGGACGAGUUCGAGUUCUCGCAGGCCUUCCUCUUCUACUGGGACAAGAUCGAGCGGUGCAACUAUUUCCUUAAUAACAUCGUGAAGACGGCGCAGCGGGGCGAGAAGGUGGACGGCCGGCUGGUGUCCUUCCUGCUACUCGAUCCCACCUCCGAUGGCGGCCAGUGGGACAUGCUGGUCAACCUGAUAACCAAACACGGCCUCAUGCCAAAGAAAUGCUUCCCAGAGAGCUUUAGCUGUGAGUCCAGCAUACGAAUGAACGCCAUACUGAAGAGCAAGCUCCGGGAGUACGCCCGUCACUUGCGCGAACUGCUAGACCAGAACCCAACGGAUGAGGAGAUCGCCUGUAAGAUCCAGGAGCAGAUGGCUGAGAUCUACAAGGUGGUGGGUAUCUGCCUGGGAAUUCCCUCGGAGACUUUCACCUGGGAGUACUACGACAAGAGCAAGAACUACCAAUCCAUUGGACCAGUCAGCUCGCUGGAAUUCUACGAGCGCUAUGUGAAGCCGCACUUCAACGUGGAGGACAAGGUGUGCCUGGUCACCGAUCCUCGGCCGACGAGUAGCUAUGACCAGGCCUACACUGUCGACUGUCUGGGGAAUGUGGUUGGCGGUCGUCCCGUCCUGUACAACAACCAGUCGGUGGAACUGCUCCUGGCCAUGGUCACCAAGUCGCUGAAGGCCGGCGAAGCCGUUUGGUUCGGCUGCGAGGUCAGCAAGCGAUUCGCCUCCAAGCAGGGCAUCGAGGAUGUGGACGUCCACGAUUUCAAGCUGGUCUUUGACAUCGACAUUCAAACUACAUUCUCCAAGGCGGACCGUCUGAUCUAUGGCGAAUCGGCCAUGACCCAUGCCAUGGUUUUCACCGCCGUCUCCGUGGACAAGAGUGGCGUUGCCCAGAAACUGCGGGUGGAGAACUCGUGGGGCGAGGAUCGUGGCGAGAAGGGCUACCUGGUGAUGAACGCCGACUGGUUCAGGGAGUUUGGCUUCGAGGUGGUGGUGGACAAGAAGUACGUGCCCGAGGAUGUGCUGCGCGUGUUCGACAUGGAUCCUAUCGUCCUCCCUGCCUGGGAUCCCAUGGGCACGCUGGCGCAGUAGGCCGGCAUCCAAAUAUAUAUUUAAAUACAAUAUAUACAAAGCUUUACGAGCAGCAAUCUUCGAGCGGCAUCCAAGUGGCUCGAGUUACCAGCUUUCAGUUUUUGUGUACAUUAUUUUUCUCUGGCCAGUUGCCACAUUUUUACGAGCUCCACCCGCACCGCCCGAUCCCCGCAGGUGUAUGCAUAUGCAAUAUAUCAGUCCAAGUUCCCAGUCCUUGUCAAUUCUGUAAAACAAUCAUUUUGUGUUUAGCGCCUAAGUAAAAAAAAUAUCUCAGUUCUAUCCCAAA